AUGUUUAAAUCUUUAGAGACCUCGAGAAAUUUAACAUGGCAUGCAGAUUCUACAAGAGUUGUUGGUCAAUUACGUCAUCCAGUUGAUUCACCAUCAUGGAAGUUGGUGGAUCAUAUGUGGCCUGACUUUGAAAGUGAGCCAAGAAAUCUUCGCCUAGCACUUGCAGCUGAUGGCAUUAAUCCUCAUAGCAACCUUAGCAGUCGGUACAGCUGUUGGCCAAUAAUGUUGGUCAACUAUAAUUUACCUCCAAAUAUGUGUAUGAAGAGGAAAUACAUCAUGCUAACUAUGCUCAUUUCAGGGCCUAAGCAGCCUGGAAAUGAUAUUGAUGUCUAUCUGGAGGUGCUAGUUGAAGAUUUGCAACAAUUGUGGGAAGGAGUUGAUGGAGUCUAUGAUGCUUAUCGCAGGCAGUUCUUCACUCUUAAAGCAGUCUUAUUAUGGACCAUCAAUGACUUUCCUGCAUAUGGUAACCUUAGUGGAUGUACUACACAUGGUUAUUAUGCAUGUCCAGUAUGUGGAGAAGAUACUUAUGCAAGACACCUGGAAAAUGGGAAGAAAAUGUCAUUUGCUGGCCAUAGAAGAUUCCUAUCACGGUUUCAUCCAUAUCGUAGGCAAAUGAAGGAGUUUAAUGGCAUGGAGGAACUUGGAGAAGCAGCUAGACCAUUAUUUGGGAUUAAGUUGUUUGACAAACUUUCUGACAUAAGGCAUUGUCUUGAUGUUAUGCACAUCGAGAAAAAUGUCUUUGAAUCCCUCAUUAAUACUUUGAUGAAUGUUAAAGGAAAAACCAAGGAUAAUGUGGCAGCUAGGUUGGACAUGGUUGAGAUGGGGAUUAGGCCUGAAUUAACACCUAUAGUUGGGGAGAAAAGAACAUAUCUUCCUCUUGCUGCGUGCUCAUUCACAAAAAAAGAAAAGUUGCAAGUGUGCAAGUCAUUAAAGGAUAUAAAAGUUCCAGAAGUUUACUUCAGAUGGAUGUAUCCAUUUGAAAGAUGCAUGAAGGUGCUUAAGAGUUAUGUGGGCAUUCGAAAACAUCCUGAAGGUUGCAUUGUUCAGAGAUAUUUAGCAGAAGAAGCAAUUGAGUUUUGUUCAGAAUAUCUUAAUGGUGUUGAUCCGAUUGGAGUCCCUCAAUCAAUCCGAGACUCGAAAGCAAAUAUUUCUGGCUUGCAAGCAUGCAACACACCAAUUGUAGUGCAACAAGUUGAUCUGCAACAAGCAUAUUUGACUGUGCUAGAAAAUAUGGAAGAAGUAUCUCCCUAUAUAAUUGAACAUAAAACAUUUUUGAAAUCAAUGUUUCGCAAAAAAGAGAAAGAUGAAAGGUGGAUACAAGAUGCUCACAAUAAGAGGUUUAUUGAUUGGUUUCGUGCAAAGGUGGUUGCUGAAAUUGACAGUUGCAAUGGUGGAACAACAUCGACAUUAACAUGGUUGGCCCAUGGACCGCGUGUGCAAAUCCUUAAGUAUAAUAGUUAUGUGAUAAAUGGUAAUUUAUACCAAACAAAGGCGCGGGAUGAUGACAGAGUUUGCCAAAACAGUGGGGUUUCUUUAGUUGCCAACACCAUGCUUGUAUGUAGUGCUAAAGAUAAGAAUCCCUUGCUAGCUGAUGUGUCUUUCUAUGGAGUGAUUGAAGAAAUAUGGGAAUUAGACUAUCAUCAAUUUCACGUUCCUCUUUUCAAGUGCGCAUGGGUUGCAAAUGACAAAGGAAUAAUCAACAACGAUGAAUGUGGUUUCACUGUAGUUAAUUUGAACAAACGAGGACACAAGAAUGACGAAUUUGUGCUUGCAAGUCAAGUCAACCAAGUCUUUUAUAUUGAUGACCCAUUAAAAAAGGGAUGA